AUGGAACGUGUGACGGAGUUGACGAUGGAUCGGCGACCGAGGAAGAGGCAGCGUUUGGGUUGGGACGUUUUACCUCAGGAAUCUCCUAAGGCUCAGCUAGGACUAUUUUGUGGACAAGAGCUUUGUGAUGUGACAAGCAAUGCAACUUCAAGCGCAAUAUCAGACCUUCCUAAUUCUCUCCUUGUUAAGGACCUGGCUCAAAAUGGUUCUCCUCAGUGGCGGGAAGAUGACAAGGAUGGGCAUUAUAAGUUUGAGCUUGGAGAAAACUUAACUUCUCGCUAUAAAAUUCAUGGCAAGCUGGGUGAAGGGACUUUUGGCCAGGUUUUAGAGUGCUGGGAUAAGGAAAGAAAAGAAAUGGUUGCCAUUAAAGUUGUUCGAGGAAUUAGGAAAUAUCGUGAAGCAGCAAUGAUUGAGGUAGAGGUGCUCCAACAACUUGGAAGGCAUGACAUAGGUGGCAAUCGUUGUGUACAAUUACGGAACUGGUUUGACUAUCGUAACCAUAUCUGUAUUGUCUUUGAGAAGCUUGGGCCAAGCUUAUACGAUUUCCUACGCAAAAACAAUUAUCGCUCAUUUCCCAUUGAUCUAGUUCGUGAGAUUGGCAGACAACUUUUGGAAUGUGUAGCAUUUAUGCAUGAUUUGCACCUCAUCCAUACUGAUUUGAAGCCUGAGAAUAUUCUUCUAGUCUCAUCGGAAUACAUAAAAGUUCCUGACUACAAGGGUUCUUCAAGGUCCCCAAAGAAUGCUUCCUACUACAAGAGAAUUCCAAAGUCUAGUGCUAUUAAGGUAAUUGAUUUUGGUAGCACAACUUAUGACAAGCAGCAUCAGACAUACACUGUAUCUACCCGACAUUAUCGAGCUCCAGAAGUCAUUCUAGGACUUGGGUGGAGUUAUCCGUGCGAUAUAUGGAGUGUUGGCUGUAUCUUAGUGGAGCUUUGCUCGGGUGAAGCAUUGUUCCAAACGCAUGAGAAUUUUGAACACCUUGCUAUGAUGGAGAGGGUCCUUGGACCUCUACCCCAGCACAUGUUGAAGAGAGCGGAUCGACAUGCAGAGAAAUAUACUAGAAAGGGUAGGUUAGACUGGCCGGAAGGAGCGCAAUCUAGAGAUAGUAUCAAAGCUGUUUUGAAAUUGCCUCGCCUUCAAAACCUUGUCAUGCAGCAUGUAGAUCAUUCUGCAGGCGAUCUUAUUCAUCUAUUACAAGGACUUCUUAGGUAUGAUCCUUCAGAAAGGUUGUCAGCUUGUGAGGCUCUUAGGCAUCCUUUCUUCACGAAGGAUCUUCUCAGGAGAUUUUGA